UUCCGUUUGCCUAGAUCCAAACCCUAUCAAUGCAUUGACUAAAAUCACUCAGCUAGUCAGUUACAACUGUACUAGUUGGAUUACCCACUUCCCUUGCACACAUUCAUACCAUUGUUAUAUAGCUAAGCUAAAUGAGAAUCAACAAUGGCAAUUCGUACAGCACGAAAGAAACAAAUGGAAAUGAAGUCUUGGGCAUGCUUUGGUGUUUCUCUAGUAGUGCUACUGUUUGUCGAUAAUAUUAGUAAUGUGGUAGCGCAGGACACAUCAUGCCUAGCUGAGCUUGCUCCUUGCCUAAACUACCUUAAUGGAACCCGAAAUCCACCAGACAAUUGUUGCGAUCCUCUGAAGUCGGUGAUCAAGUCGAACCCAAGGUGCCUGUGUAGUAUGAUAACCAACCGGGGCACCACUAAAGCUGAGCAAGCCGGCAUCAAUAUCUUGGAGGCUCAGCAAUUGCCCGGAAGAUGCGGCCAACAUGUCAACCCUAUCUCAUGCCUUUCAAGUAAUUCUCCUAAGAAUUCCGGCAACUCCGUCCCGAAUUCUGCAAAUACCUAUUCGUUGCCUUCCCUUGCAAGUAUGGUGGCCGCAGCUUUGUCAACCAUGUUUCUUCAGAUUGGAUUGAUUAGCACCAAGUAGAACACAAGAACGUGCAAUACUACAGUUCAUGGAUGCCGUUAGCCUUCUUGUUAUGAAUUAUGAUAUCAACAUAAAUUAAUAUCACAGA